AUGUCUAACUUAUUGAACAAAUUUACUGAAAAGCUAACCGACCACGGUAACCAACACAAGAACGAGUACGGCCAAUCUGGUCAAUCUCGUGGCGGUAUUAACAAGCAGCAAAGUAGUGGUGAUUGGGACGGAAGUUCUAACAUCCAGAACAGGUCCGGCCGCCAAUCUGGCGGUAUAAAUGAAAACCAAGGCUCUCAGUAUGGCAGCGAUGGUUUCCAAAGCAAUGAAAACCAGUACAGCUCUCAACAGCCACAACAGCAAUACGGCUCUCAAUUGGGUGAUGAUCAGUACAAUUCCCAACAAAGUUACCAACAAAACCAACCAUCUCAUGGUCGCCAAGGUCGCCAAGGUCAGGAGUUUGCCUCUCAACAGAGGGACCAAUCUUCCGGUGGAUUUUCUAGCCAGGACAGAAUGUCUGGAUUUUCUAGCCAGGACAGAAUGUCUGGUGGCUACAACCAACAACCUUCCGGUGCUAGAUCUGGUCAGUACGACGACGAAUUGGAGCAAGCUGAAGGUGCCUUCAGCAAGGGCAGACAACAACAACAAAGCUUGUUCGGUUCAGGAAAUGACAAUUCCUACAAUUGA